UUUAAUCAUGGCGGCGCGCGCUGAAGCGACGGUGAGGGUUGAUGAAGACUCCAGCAGCAGCGACGAUGAAGCUCUCAAGAGGUGUCAGGAGGCAGUUUGGGAGACACGAGGCGACGAGAGGAAACGUGGAGACACCGGUGUGCAGCAGACAAAGCGGGUCGUCGUCGCUGACCAUGAACACGAUGGCAACGAGCUGCAGGUGACUGAGGGGUUUCGAACACACGUCGCUAAAAAGCUGGGAAGUCUUCUGGACAGAUGCAUCACAGAGAUUCAGACCGAGACCUCGUCCUGUGCGUCAGAAAAAUGUGAUGAUGAUGAAGGAUUUCUUCUGUUUUCUACGUCAGUGCCAGGACAGACAGCUGAUGAUCCUCCAGCUCCUGCGAGGCGGCGGCCUGUUCCCAGCUCAAGCGACAGCGACAGCGAGAUGGAAACGAGGCUGAAGGAGGCAGCGGUGUCCGUCAAAGAUCUCUUACCCUCGUUGUCGCUCUCGGCUCCCUCAGCUGAGCCUCCCUGCUCGGACAAAGUCAAGGAGGAGAAGAAAGCGGCAGAGGAAGAGGAGAGUGUUGUGAAGAAGAGGAAGAAGAAAAGGAGGAAACAGAGUGAAGGAGAGAGAGACUCUGCAGGUUCUCUUAAUGCUCAAAGCAACGGUGAGCACAGGAGCUCAGAGCAGGAACACAUGCUCACAAAGAAGAAGAAGAAGAAGAAGAAGAAGCAACAGCAAGACGGAAACACAGAGGAAGAAGCUUUGAACUGAAGCCUUUGCUCUUUCAUUAUGGGAUGUUUGUCUGUUUCCCAGCCUGUCACAAGCUUGAAAUGACUGAAUGGUGAUGAAUCUUCCAAAACAUUUGAGUGUAUUUGAGGAAACAUGCAGCAGACACAGCACAGUUAAUGACUGUUCCUGGAUAUUCCUGAAAGAGUCUUUAGGUCGUCGUGAAAGUUGCUCAUUAAGACCGUGAAAAAGCGUUUUCCAGGCCGUGACAUAAAAAAAGCCAUUUAAAGUGGUUUCAGAGAGUCUUUGAAACGUCGCAGCAGUCGUCCCUGUGGCCCCCGAACUUUAUACCAGAGGUAGCCGUCAGUCCAGAACACAUCACGCUCCUGAGUCCAG